AUGCGCCCCGUCUUCGCCCCAUUACUCCUUGCGCCCCUCGCCGCGCUCGCAAACCCCGACCUCAUCGCACCCUUCGAACUCGCCCUCCCCAUCUCGGAAAACAACUCCACCGACAAUGAAGUAAUCGACCUCCUCAAGCGCCAAAACAACGCCUGCGCAACAAACUACUACGCCUGCGCCGCCCUCAACGCCCCGGGGCUCUGCUGCCCGCGCACCGCAAUCUGCACCGCCGACUCGAACCGCGCCGUCGCCUGCUGUCCGCAAGGCGCGCAAUGCACGGGAACCCUGGGCGUCCCAGCAGCAACCACGGCAUCGCUCCCCUCGACCGCGCUCGCCACAACCACCACCACCGCGCCGCCCUUCCAAGCCUCCAGCAUCCCCAACGCAGGCUCAGCUCCGCUGUCAACGGUACCCAACGCCUUCUACCCCUUCCCCGCCAUCCCCACUACUUACACAAACGCAGCUGCCUGCAGCGCUGCUUAUUCCUCUUGCAGCAAUGAUGCUGCAAGUUGCACGACUGCGCUAGCGAAUGGCGCCAUGGGCGUCACGGUGAGUGCGCCGAAUGGCGGCGCGACCAUCACGGCUGUACCGAGCGUCGGGCUGCUUGAGUAG